AUGUUGGUUUCUCGCAGUGACGAGGCUGAAGAAAAAUGCAGUCCAAGUCCUACUAGGAAGAGAGUCACUUUUGACUCUGAAGUCAAAACCUAUGAACACAUUGUGUUACAAGAAUCUGUUGAACUUUUGGAAGAGAAGAAAGAAGAGGUCAAAUCCGACGAGAGAUACAAGAAUUGCAGAGAAAGUGAUGAUGAAGUAGAGGAGGAUGAGCUAGACUGUGACGAAAGCGAUCUAGAUGAUGAUGAAGAGUAUUAUAGUGAUGAUGGAUCUAGUGAGGAUAAGUUGCAUAAGCUAACCAAGGAAGUUUACACUGAGGAGAUUGAGGAUGAUACAGAGGAGAUUGAUGCAAAGCUGAGAAGGUCUAAUGAGAGUGUUAAAGAUGGAAACCACUAUGCCCAAGGAGUACUUAACCCGGUUGAAAAUCUCACUCAGUGGAGAUCCGCUAAAUCCGAAGGGAGAACAAUGCAGAAACAGUCUCAAAAGGAGAACUCUAACCUCGUCUGA